AUGUCCGCAACUAAGACAGCUCAUCCGGUAACUCUCCAGGAAAAGGAGAAACCACACGUCAGUUACUGGGACUCGCUCAAAUUGUAUUGGUCCUUCAAACCUCUCAGUCACUAUGAAGAUCAAAUUUUGUCUUUUUUGCCCUUUUAUCCCAAUCCCACCGACAAGAAACGUGCCGAAGUAAUCAAUACUCUGAUAGACGACAAGAAUAAUUACAUUCACGAGUUCCUGGUGGAGAACAUUGAGAAAACCGAUGGCGUUGAACAGCUGGACAUCGUUCUGGUGCAUGGUUAUGGCGCAGCAUUGGGAUUCUUCUAUGCUAAUUUUGACGGACUCACAAAACUUCCAGGAACGAGGCUGCACGCAAUUGAUCUUCCUGGCUUUGGUUUAUCUAGUAGGCCACCAUUUCCGAAUCUGAAAGGUGACACUGCGGACGAUGUGACCAAAAGUGAGGAUUUCUUCAUUGAUGCCAUGGAAAAAUGGAGAAUAGCAAAAGGGCUUGAUCGGUUCAUACUAAUCGGACAUUCACUAGGGGGAUACCUGUCUUGCUGCUACUACAUGAAGUAUGGAGCAGGCGUUGUCAACAAGAUUGUGCUAGUGUCUCCGGUUGGUAUUGAGCGGUCCGAUCUCUCGUUUUACGUCACAAAGGAGCACGCUCUUUCGAUAGACAAGGAGACUGAAUUGGCCAGAAGAGAGGGCAUCGAUUUGACGAACGAAUUUACUGAUCAUCAAGCUGAUCACACACAAGUGGAAGAGGUUGAUGACACCAACGACGUGGUUUCCAUCACUUCGGACUCGGGUGAGACAGAUACUUCUAGUUUGAUGACCCAAGUUAGAAGAGCCCCUCAAGUUGGCAAGUUAUUCACGCGCCUCUGGGAACGAAACUAUUCCCCCUUUCAAAUUUUGAGAUUGUUUGGCCCUUUUGCAGGCAGGCUGGUUUCAGGAUGGACGUUUAAUAGAUUUUCCCAUCUACAAGACCCAAAGACUCUUCUUAAAAUUAACGAGUAUACUGCCAAAACUAUGCUUGCAAGAGGCUCUGGAGAAUUCGCUCUCACCAGGCUUCUUGCCCCGGGGGCUGUUGCCAAAUUACCAAUAUCUGAAAGGUUGCCUGAUAAAAUUAAGAUCAAAUCGUUGUGGCUAUACGGUGAUGUUGACUGGAUGAGCAAAGAAGGGGGCUACGAGAUCGUGAAAGAAAUAAACGAGAAAAACAAGGACAACGAGAACGCGAGGGCUAAAUUCAGAAUUGUGAAGAACGCUGGUCAUCACGUCUAUUUGGACAAUGCCCCCGAUUUCGAGUAUCAGGUGCUAAAAUUUAUAAAUUGUUAG